AUGUCUCAUGUCAGAGGGAAAGUCGACAGAUUGGAAACUGAUUCAGGUCAUAUUCAAGUAACAAGGACAGGAGGUGCCGACUGUACCCAUGGCGGCUGCGCCGGAGCCCGGGGAGCCCGGGAAGGCGAAGGUAGAAUUAGAAGAUCAUGUGACGUUGGAGUAGGAGGAUUUAUCUUGGUGACUUUAGGACGCUGGUUCCAUUGUAGGUGUAAUUAUGCAAAGCUAAGAAUCCAGGAAAGACUUGCCAGAGAAGGAAUUAAAAACAAGAUUUUAUAUGAAAGUACCCACCUUGAUCCUGAAAGAAAACAAACCAACAGCGGCAGCAGCAGCAGCAAUUGAGCAGUCUUGAGCACAGAAAACCCAGACACAACUCACUUCGGUGUGAACAAAGCUGAGAUCAACUACAGAAAGCAUUUUAUGUACCAUAAGGCUUUCAGUCAAGUAAAU